UUAUCGAUUACCUCUGGAAUCUCACCAUUUUGUUUGGCUUUAAAAAGGAAGGAGCAAAUUCUAACGAAUUUCGGAAUUUUUAAAGAUGGGUCGCAACAAGGCGAAUAACAAAAAGGUGGCUCCCGGGGCAGGGAAGCCAAAGACUCCCCUGAACAAGUCCAAGAAGGCCAAAAAUGUGUUCAAGGUGGCCGACAGCAACAAGGGCAAAGGCAAGAAGCCCAAGGAGGUGCAGGGAAAGCUAAAGCAGAUCAAGGAGUCCGUCAAGGCUAAGCAGGAAAAGGUGGAUGCCAGCCUCAAGACGCUGCACAAGGAUCUGGUGGUGAAGAAGCCCAAGGCCGCGGUGGCUCCCAUCAAGAACCAAAAGAAAAAGGCGGGAAAUGCCCAAAAGGUGUCCGACACGCUUGGAAAGCUCAAGUUUUGAGCAAUCAGAAGGCUAUUGAAUUAGUCUGAUUUGCGAUUUACAUAGAAGUAGUUAGUCCCAUUUAUUGUUAAAACUAGAACAAAGAUCAGGCAAAUAUACCCCAUGGCUAUAUCAGCAGUGAUGGGAAGGUCUACCUCCUAGAGAUUUGUACCUUUACCUAUUAGGAAAUUAAUGUUUUAUCCAAAAUAACAAAAAAAAACUACUUGUGUUUAGUUUCCUGCCCCUUUAUACACAUACGAUUUGUAAUAUAUUUUAAAUUCCAUUUAAAAUUGUAUAAUAUUUACAAUGCCUAGGUGUCUCCUUUGACCAUGUCCCAGACCAUGUGUCUUUCCCAUCACUGUGCAUUAGCUGAGUCCCCUAAA